ACGCAUGUACACAGAUAUAAAUUCAUGAAGACCCAUAAAAUACGGAUCAAAUUAAAAUACACAUGUUACCAUUGAAGAUAAACGUGGUAACCAGAUCGUAUGAUUGGUAAAGCAGAUAUCCGAUCGGUGGAACACCAUAUACAUAUGUAUCUGAUAACAUUACCCCUUUGCUUUGUAUAAACAUUUUUACAAAAUGCAAUAAAAGCUGCAAAACUGUUUCGUGUAGAGUUUUUGGUGUUGUUGCUGAGGCAAACCUAAAUCACUUUAAAAACGCAGGCACGCAUGCACACGAACACACACACUGCACAUAUUUAUUUACAUUUAGGGUAACGCAGACGUCUAAUUGAAGGAUUAAAACCACUAGUCCGUUUUGUAAUAUACAUAUUUUUCUGAUCACAUAUUCAUUGUAAAAGAUUAUGAAUUUAUCAAGCGGAAAUUUAGCAAAUUCUCUAGAGUCUUCAUCUUCUUUGCCAAGUUCACCAGAGUUAAUGAAUAAUGGAACAGCAUCAACUACAGGUGGCAACAGCCUUUCGAUGAAUUCGCCGUGUAUUUCUCAUGGAAGUUCUAUGGUUAAUGGAGAUGUCAUGAAGUUAUCGCCUAAUCAUCAUCAUCAUCACCCACAUCAUCCUCAAAAUCAUCACAGCAGUCAUAAUCAUCAUCAUCAUCAGAAUCAACACAAUGAGGAGUCAAGAUCGGCACUGUCAUCAUCGUCGACAUCCUCUACAAUGUUACCUGGAGGAUUGUCAAUGAAUCAUUUAUCAAAUCCAUUAAUUUUCCCUUUUCCACCAAAUUUUCUAUUACAAGAAUCCUUUAAUCUAAUAUAUCAUACAUGUUUAAAUAUGUUUGAAAAACGUUUGACGGAAGAGCUGGAACAAUUUCAUCAAAAGUAUGAUGUGCUAUUGAGAGAAUGCAGUGAGACAAGAUUUCGUCUGAAUAAAGUUGAAAAUAUUUUACGUCUAUUUGAAGAAAAAUUUCAUCCAGCAAAUUUUCCAUUCUUUUUUUCUGGCUACUUGAAUCCUGCUUCAUUGAAAUCUCAACCUGUUCAACGAUACCAAGAACAACAACAACAUCAACAACAGCAGCAACAAAACCUCAAUGAGAUGAAUGAUGCCAACUUGUUAAAUUCACUGAAAAGUGUUGAAUCUGCAUGGUUGUAUAGUUGGAAGGAAUAUGAGAGUUUGUCGAAUUCAUUUAAUUCUGCGCAUAGUAAUGCCUCACCGAAUAGUUUAUUGACCUCUAUGUCGGCAACAGUAACAGCAACAACAACAACACAAGGUGAUCAACAACAAAGUCAAUUAGACCAACGUCAAAAGAUACAUUCAUUGUCAAGUAAAUAUAAAGAGAACAAUUUAGAACAAUUUUCGAUUCAUCGUCUGUCCAACUCAGAAACACAGUCACCACCGCCAGCACCACCGCCAACAACAACAACACCAAAUGAUGCUACAAAUCUACAACUGAGCACAUUGAAUGAAUCAUUUACUAAUCGAAUUCAUAAUUCAUCUUGUAAUUUAAGUCCUGCAUUAUUGCCAUCAUUACCAGUAUCAUUGCCGUCAAAUAAUCGACAGUUAAUGUGGAAUCAAUGGAUGGCAAAUUUUAUGGCUUCUAGUAGUUGUAUGAAUUCUACAAAUGGAUUAUUAUCAUCUUCGUCGACAUCAUCACUGACAAUACCUUCAACAUUGAAUAACUCAGAGAGAAUUAAUAGUUUGAAUACAUCAGAUAUUGAAAUCAAUGAAGGAAAUCAACACAAAUCACCUCGACUAUACCCACCAGUAUUUUUCUCAAAUUAUGAAUUUAAUCCAAAUGAUUUAUUGAAUAUCAACCGAAAAUCCACCUCAUCCAUAGCGUCUUCAUUAUCCCCAUCAGCACCAGCGCCGUCAUCAUCCUCAUCAUCACUACGUUUUCGUGGUAGUAAAUUUGGACGUUUAAAAACAAAAUGUUUGAAUUCGAACAGAUGUCAACAAAACUGUACCUAUUCAAAUAAUCGUUUACAUUUAUGUCAUAAUAGCAAAUCGAAUCAUUACACUGCAGGCAUUUCAACAUCAGCAUUAAAAAAUAUUCGUAGAUCAGCAAUGAAUUUUAAUAAUUGUCAAUGGGCAUUGUCUGGUUCACCACCGCCACCACCAAGUCCAAUGUCGUCGUCGACGAUAAUGACAGAUCAAAGCGUAAGAUCAAGUUUAUUAGGCGGUGAUCUACAACACUCUGGAUCGAAUGGAAUGAUGCAUUCAACAGCUUCAAAUUCACGUUCCAGUCAUCAUCAUCAUCACCAUCACAAUAACAGUAGUAAUCAUAAUAAUAAUAACAAUAACCAGAAUAAUAAUUUAAUCGAUCGUCCAGUAGUUAUACUAAAUCCAGAUGAACCACGUGAAAUAUUCAUCGGCGGGGUACAAUCCGUCUCAUUACCAUUAUGGGCAUAUUGUAAGUGUUUAACAAUGGUACGUGGUGAACCUCAUGAACUAGGCCCACGUCUUUGUCUACGUCUACUACAAAGUUUAUUUAGUCUACAUUAUUUAGUUACACACAAUUAUAACGGGUCUGGAGGUAAAGCACCAAUUGAUCCAGUUGUAAUGAGUGCUGUACUCCGUCAAGCACAAUUACAAUUUGGUUCUGGUUAUUUUUUUACAGAACCAAUGGCAUUGGGUAAAUUACGUGAUUAUUUAAAUAAUGCAUUUCGUGUUAUGGCAUUUAGACAACGGAAAGGUGAACGUGUUCGAUCACCAUUUUGGAAUGAUAAAGGUGAGCCUAUACAUGAUUUAGAAGCACCAGUAGAAUUUGCAAAUAUUACUGAUAUUAUUGUGAUACCACCGCAUACUAAUUCAACUGCUGCAACUGCAACAACAUCAGUCAAUAUGACAACACAAACAGCAACACUGCCAACAACGACAAGAACGACAACAACACCGCUGACGAAUGAAAUUGAAAUGAACAGAAAUUCAAGAUAGACAGAAAGAAAUCCAGGGAAAAGAGCUCCUCAUAUAUGUCGUCUCAAAUAAUCUUCUUUCUUGCCAAGUAUGUGAAUUCAAAUUUAGAUCUAUUAAUUUGUGAGAACUUAAGUCACUCACCUGUGGUGAUUGUACGACACGUGAUAACAAACAGUCUCAUAUAUAUAUAUAUAUAUAUAUAU